GCAGCUGCUAUUAAACAUUGCCGCCACCAACUAAAAGGAGAGUUACAACGAACCAAUCACGAAACCGUAGAAAAUCACUACAUGUUGAUUGGAUAACGCUUCUUAUUUAACAGGUUGUAUAAAUUGUCCCGACCGUGUUGCUUACAUCAUUUCGAUGUAUUGAUUAUUAUAAUAUUAUUGAGCUUGUUGCUCAUUUAUUAUUCCAUUAUACGAUUUAUUUAGCUUUGCUUUGUUCCGAUUAUUAUCCGAUUCUCAAUUAUUACUAUUAUCUUGAACCGAUCGUCAUUUUUUAUCAGCUUUUGUUAUUGUAUUAAAUAAAUUUAGCAUUAUUAAAUAGUCAAGUUAAUAAUCCCGGUUGUGUUUACAAAAGCGAUUCGCUUUUCCGAUUCUUAUCGAGACGAAUCUUAAUUCUAUUUCUAUUUACAAAUCACUUAAACGCAAUCGAAGAAUUUGUUCUUCGCGGUAAUCGGUCAAUAAAUUCUUUUCUGCAAUUUCAUCGCCAAUGAAUUCUAUUCUCAUCUAAUACAUUAUUAAUGAAAGUAAUCAACCUAUUUAGCGGUAAAUAUAUUCAAUUUACCCAUAAAAAAAUGGAUUUAAAUAUCGAGUUUCCAUUAACCAGUCCUCAUCACAUGAAGAUGAACUGAUCAAAGAUAAAAUUCUUAGCAUUCCCAUUCGUCGAAACUAAUGGUAUGUAUGAUUUGAUUGGUUUGUAUACUCCGUUUGGCAUAUGAUCAGGUGUUUAGUUCAAUGCCAUAGGAGGGCACAGCAGGUGAGGCUGAAAGGUCCGAAUUCAUGUUCUAGAAGGUCGUCGAAGGGAAUUUAUUUUCUUUCAGGCCAAUGCGUCAUAAUGCGUAAAUCAAUACAAUAGUAUUGAUUAUUUAGUAGUCCGUCGAAACCCUUAUAGUAUUCCUGCAUCUCCCAUCGUCUUAAGACCAUUUUUAAAGAAUAUUCAAGUUGUGUCAUUUUAUUCGUGUUAAUUUAUAUUUAUUAAAAAAUACGUGCAACAGAUCAACGAAAACUUCUCAGCGUUUUUUAAAUCGACGUUCGUAUAAAUUUAUUUAUUAGACUUUAUUAUAUAUUUCAUAAUGGAAUUCCUUUACAAAACAAUUUGUGAUAAUAUUAUCGAUACGGAGAGUCAAUUACAGUUCCUAUAUCAUUUUAAUAUAUUGAUAACUAACGAAGAACGUAUAAUAAGUACUCUUAUAAUUAUGAAAAAAUUUAGUGUUUUUCUGGAAAUAAGAGAGUUGUCAAAAAAUUCUGCAUAUUCUAUAAAAUUUAGACUGGAGGGAAAUAAGUUAUUUCUAUCAUCUUCUCUCAAUGGAUAUAAGUGUAUCAAAGUAAUAGAAUUAUAUACAAAAAGUAUAGCUUAUGCAAAUCCUUUAUCAGAAGAACUUGCUUUGGCUUAUGGCAAUAGAUCUGCUGUUUUAUUAAAAAUUCAUAAGUAUGAACUCUGUAUUCAAGACAUCGAUAGAGCAUUAUCUCUGAAUUAUCCUGAUCAAUUAAAAAUUAAAUUAUAUAUACGUAAAGUAGAGUGUUUGGUACUCAUAGGAGAAUCCUCUAUAAUAGAAGAUUAUGAGAAUGCACUUUAUUGGUUGAAUAAGAUGCCACGAAAUGAUCCUAAUAAGAAGAUUUAUCAAUCAAAAUUAGAAUAUUUAUAUGAGCAAUCAAAAAAAGGAUUAAAGAAGAAUAAAGAAAAACAGCAACCGAAGAAUCAACAUCUUUGUAAAAUUAAAUCUCGUAAUACAGAAGUUCCAUGCGCAUCAGAUGCAGUAGCUAUUAAGUACAAUAAUACUUAUGGAAGACAUAUUGUUGCUACCCGUGACAUUUCUCCUGGUGAAGUCAUUGCUAUAGAGAAACCUUAUUCUUUUCUUUUAAAACCAGAAAAUAUUUAUACUCAUUGUUCAAAUUGUAUGGAAGUUUCUUUAGCAAGUAUCCCUUGUGACCAUUGCGUUUAUGCAAUGUACUGUUCCGAAAAAUGCAAAUUAGAAAGUUGGAAGAAAUAUCAUGAUAUGGAAUGUCCUGUAUUUUCAGUAUUCUUUGCAAUUUCUGAUUACAUUAAGCUUGAUUUAUUUAGCUUAAGAAUUAUGAUACAAGCAAUAAAAGAGGCCAGAAAUUUUAAAAAUUUAAGAAAGUGGAUUAAACAUGUUGAUGAAUGGGAUGAUCCUAGAACAAAAGGUUUUUGUUCCGAUAAGAAACUUCAUAGUGAUAGAUAUGUAAGUGUGUAUAGUCUUACAACGAAUACUGAAAAGAGAUCAGUAAUUGAUCUAUUUAAAAGAUCUAUAGAUAGUUGUGUUCUUUUAUAUAUACUUGCUACACGUACUACAAUAUGUGGACAUAAAUUAGAACGUAAAUUAUCUGCAUUACUUGAAAACGAAAACGCUAUACUAAUUGGCGGGCUUAUAUUACAGCAUCAACAAAUGAUACCUAAUAAUGCUCUUAGCUUUCUUGAAGAAUACGGUUUAGAUGGUAGAGAACGUGGUAUUGUAGUAAUGCCAUUUUAUAGUCUGUUUAAUCAUAGCUGUAAUCCAAAUGUAGUAAGAUAUUCAAGAUCUAAAGAAGUGAUUAUGCGUGCUAUUUUUCCUAUAAAGAAAGGAGAACAGCUUUUUGAUAAUUAUGGUCAGCAUUAUGCCAUAAUUGAACAGUCAAGGAGACGAGCAAAUUUUUUGCAACAAUAUUAUUUCUUGUGCAAGUGUUCAGCAUGCAAAUCGGAUUUGCCUCAAUAUAAUGGCUUAUACUUUUUGGAACAGGUCGUACAAAAGCAAUCUGAGAAAGUGAUGAUCAAAAAGAUUCUAAAGAAGUUAGAGAAAUACAUGUCUUUAGCAAUUAUGGAUGAAGUUGAUAACAAGGAACAUAUAAUAAAAGAGUUAUCAAAGAUGAUACAAGUAAUACAUGAUCAUGUUUCCAUACCGAGUAAAGAAAUAAAUGACAUUGUGGAAACUUUAAAACGUAUGUUAUGUUUAACUGGAAACAAAUUUGUUUUACCAAAGAUAUAAAUGGUAAAUGGUAUAUUCUAUCCUAUGGUAAGUGUGUGUAUUCUCAUUUGUUUUAAAUAAAUAAAUGAUAAACGAAAAUAAUAGAUGUGCCAAUGUAUGUGAACAAUACGUAAUUUUGAUCUAAAUGUAACAAUGAUAACUAUAUGUAUUCUCAUUUGUUUUAAAUCAAUGAAUCAUAUAUAAGAAUAAUAAAUGUGAAAAAUAUAUAUGAAUAAUAAAUAAAUGUGAUAAAUGUGCGAAUAAUAAAUAAAUGUGAUAAAUGUGCGAAUAAUAAAUAAAUGUAAUAAAUGUGCGAAUAAUAAAUAAAUGUAAUAAAUGUGCUAAUAAUAAAUAAAUGUAAUAAAUGUGCUAAUAAUAAAUAAACGUAAUAAAUAUAUAUGAAUAAAAA